UCAUGGGCGAGAUUUUGUUAGCUUCAAAAUAAAUUGAAUUUUAUUAAUUCUUUAGUAAUUUUUUACUAUUCAAGAAGUGUUGUUUGGUGUUUAUUAAAAUGGAAUUAUUCGACAACCGAAUUCAACCGAUUUGCCCAGAAGGAGAAGAAGAGGAAAAAAGACUGUACUAUUCUGUUGUUGGUCCUGGCACUAUACGCUCCAAUUAUAAGUACAAUGUUGCAGUUUCAAUUCAUAAAGCAAAUGGACCAUGUCCUGUUAAAGUAAACAUUACAGGUCCAUCGUACAAUGAAACAAAAACAGCAGAAAUUGAGCCUAUGGCAACGGAAAAAUUGGAGUUCGAUAUACCAGAACUCGAGGAAGGCAUCUAUACGCUGACAGCAAGCGACACCGCAAGUAACAUAUUUCAAAACUCCACGCAACUGAACUUUGCGCGUUACAUGCCAUUGACUGUUAUACAAACCGACAAAGCCACCUACAAGCCAGAUGAUACCGUACAAUUUCGUGUGAUAUUCAUGGAUGAGAAUACAAGACCCGCGAAAGUGAAAGAGCCCAUUAAGAUCACAAUCACGGAUGGUGCUAAAAAUCGUAUACAACAGUAUAAUAAUAUAGAGCUAACGUCUGGAGUUUAUACCAAUAAACUGAAACUUUCUGAACAGCCUGUGCUCGGUAGAUGGGAAAUUAGUGCGCUCUUGAAUAAUGAUGUGUUGACAACAAAAUGUUUCGAGGUUGACAAAUAUGUUUUACCUAAAUUUCAAGUAUUCAUUGAUACUGAUAAAAAUGUGGCCAUAUCUAGUGGCGUCAUUAAGGUAGUGGUACGCGCAAAGUACACUUUCGGUCAAUCGGUAGCUGGCAAAGCCACAGUAUCAAUAAAAUCAUUGAGACACAAUUCUUUGGAAAGUACUGAAAAGACUGUUGAUGUAGAUGGAAAAGGUUAUGUUGAAUUUGAUAUAAAUAAAGACUUGGAUCCGCCAUUGGGUCAGACUAGUUGGCCGCCAGUGGAAAUAAAAGCUAAAAUGGUGGAAACAUUAACUGGCAAUGAACAAGAAGCGAAAGCAGAAGUAGUGCUUCAUCCAAAACCUUAUCGCAUUGAAAGCUUGUCAUCAACUCAAGUAUAUUCACCUGGCAAGCAAGCAACAUAUGAAGUUGCAAUAAAAAAAUUGGAUGACUCUCCAUUGCAAGAUAUGGAAAACACUGUGAAACUUCUGCUAGAGCAAACAAACAGAUAUGGUUCUGUUGACUAUAAUUUCGGCAGAUGUGACAAUGUCGCAGGUAAUGGAUACUCUGUAGUAUUGGAUGCAAAAUUAAGUUCAUUAGGUAUUGCAAGAUUUGAGUUUGUAAUACCGGAGCAGUGUGGUAACUUCUUAGUGAGAUGUGUUUACUUAGAUACAAUGGUAAGAUUGCCAUCCCUUUGUAAAGAAUCGCCAUUAGCUGAAACCCGUGAUCAUCUUAAAUUGUUCGUGCAAACAAAGAAUCCACAACUAGGAAAAGAUAUAGCAGUCGAUGUUAAAUCUAAAGAUUCUAUACCUUAUUUCAUUUAUACCGUAAUUGCAAGAGGCAAUAUAAUAAGAUCUGAAGUAAUUAAAGUUCCGGAUGGUCAGAAAUCCCAUACAAUUAAAUUUCCAGUGACAUACAGUAUGCUCCCUAAAAUUGAUUUAAUGGUUUAUAAUAUCCAUAAUAAUGAAUUUCGUUUUGAUGAAAUCACUAUCGAUAUCGAUGGUGAUUUUAAGAAUUCGAUUGAUAUAACAGCACAAGCUGAAGCACAACCAGGUGAAGAUGUUAAUCUGCAGAUAAAUACAGAUCCCGGCUCUUUCAUUGGUCUGCUCGGGGUGGAUCAGAGUGUUUUGCUACUUAAGUCGGGAAACGAUUUAAAUAAAGAACAAAUUUUUAAAAGUUUUGAUAAGUUCAAAUGUGAAACACCUAGUACACGUGCCUCAUUCGGACGUUAUCCCGGUCGAAAAUCAGGGUUAGUUACCUUAACUAACGCAUUUACGGAUUACCAUCACACACGUAAGCGCAAAAUUAUGAAAAAAAGAUGUGCUAUGCCACAAUCAGUAGGAUUAUUUGGAGCUCCAGCAGCUUUAGGUUUUGCUAGGAGUUCUAACAUGGAGUCUGUAGAAUCCUUAUCAAUUGGGGCUCCUGGUGGAAUGGCACUGCCAAAUUUGCCACAACCGCCACCACCCACUAUACGUAAAGAGUUUUUGGAAAAUUGGAUUUUCGAAAAUAUUGAAGACUCUGGUAAAAAUAUUGUUAACUUAACUAAGAAGAUACCAGAUACCAUCACUUCUUGGGUUAUAACUGGAUUUUCUCUUAACUAUGACACUGGCAUUGCACUUACAAAAUCUCCAACGACAAUUAAAACUUUCCGUCCCUUCUUUAUAUCAACUAAUUUGCCUUAUUCUGUUAAACGAGGAGAAGUUUUUUCGGUACCCGUAAUAAUUUUCAAUUAUAUGGACAAACUGUUAGAAGCAACUGUGACUUUAGACAAUAGUGAUGAUGAGUAUGAGUUCAUAGACGACCUAAACGAUCAAAAAACACGCACACAGAAUGUAUCGGUUGGUUCAAAUAUAGGCGAAACUAUUAAUUUCUCUAUACGUCCAAAAAAAAUUGGUAACAUAACAUUAAAAAUAACGGCUAUAAGUCCAUUGGCUGGCGACGCUAUACAUAAAGAGUUAAAAGUGGAACCUGAAGGUGUUACCAUAUACAAAAACUAUGAUUACUAUCUGCACACCGAUGAGAGCAGCUCCGAAUUCACACAUUCAACCACUUUGGACAUACCAAAAGAAAUUGUUCCGGAUUCAGAAUACAUUGAAGUCUCUGUAAUGGGUGACAUAUUAGGAUCCACCAUUAGCAAUAUGGACAAUUUAAUACGCAUGCCAUAUGGUUGCGGCGAACAAAAUAUGGUUAAUUUCGUGCCAAAUAUUUUGGUGCUGAAAUAUUUGGAGAGUGUAAACCAGCUUACACCAACAAUUGAGGAGAAAGCGAAGCGUUUCAUGAAUAUUGGCUAUCAACGUGAACUGACUUAUAAACAUGAUGAUGGCUCCUAUAGCGCCUUUGGAAAAUCCGAUCGUGUGGGCAGCACAUGGUUGACAGCUUACGUUAUGCGCUCCUUCAAGAUGGCAUCCAAAUACAUUGACAUCGAUACUGAAGUGCUAGAGAAAGGCUUAAGCUUUUUGUCUACAACACAGGCUGCGAAUGGAUGUUUUGUUGAAAACGGAAAACUGUUUGACUUCUCACACCACAAUACAGUCGGUUUAACUGCUUAUGUACUAUUGGCGUUCUUGGAGAAUAUAGAGUAUGCGAAGAAUCAUCAAGAAGCCAUGAAUCGUGGAUUUGCUUAUUUGCAAGAACACGCAAAGACUAUGGAGAAUGACAUAUAUGCCCUUGCUAUUGUCGUGUAUGCAAUGCAAAUGAUUGGAAUGGAACAAGCUGAGUCCUUGUUGGCGCUAUUGGAAUCCAAAGCAAAUGUAGAAGGUGGUCAUAAGUGGUGGAGUAAGUUAGCGUCAAGUACAAAAGAGGAAAAAUGUUGUUAUGUUAAAAGUAACGAUGUGGAAAUCACUUCCUAUAUACUGAUGACGUUGUUAGCUCGCAAAGAGUCCACUUUGCCCAUUACUAAAUGGCUGAUUUCUCAACGCAACAGCAAUGGCGGAUUCUCAUCAUCGCAAGACACUGUGGUAGGACUGGAGGCGCUUAUAAAAUUUGCUGAAAAGAGUGGUGCAGGAAAACCAUCUUUUGUUAUAAACUUCGGUACCGCAGAAAAAAGCACGAAUACCGGAAAAUUCGAGGUUAACAAGGAAAAUGCGCUUGUUAUGCAAUCCCAAAAAGUUAAAAACGAUACUCGUGAUUUGUUUUUCAAUGGCAAGGGCAUUGGCGCUGUGAUAUUGCAAGUCGCUUAUCAGUUCAACAUCUUGCAAAAUGAUUGUAAGCCAAGCUUUAAGUUGAGCUCUAAAAUAUGUGACACCGAUGUACCACCAGGAAAGUUAAUUGUGCAUGUCUCCGUAGAGUUUGUUCCCUUAGAAACCGAUAAUGGUAAUAAUGAGUCAAAUAUGGUUGUUAUGGAAGUCAAUUUACCUUCUGGUUAUACGGCCUUAGCGGAAUCGUUUGAUAAAAUUAAAAAUGUACCCAAUGUUAAGCGCGUGGAAACCAAAAAUGGAGACACUGUGGUUGUCGUAUAUAUUGAUAGCUUGAAAGCAACCGAUGUAAAAACUCUUCCAAUUGAAGCAAUAAAAUCUCAUGAUGUCAGUGACCAAAAACCGGCACCUAUUGUUGUCUAUGAUUACUACGACAGUGGAAAGAGGGCAACCGAUUUUUAUCAAAUUUAAGAGUUAAGUUAUCUUGAUGUUUACUAAUAAUAUGUAAUAAGGUAAUCAAUAUUUCUAUAUACGUUUACGUUUAUGUAUAAUGUUAUCUAAUUGCAUUUCCUUAAAUAUUUAUGAAAAUAUCGAACGUUUUGAACGUUUUUGUUGA